CAGUGCGUGCACAAGCUUGAGUUUUAUUAUCCGUGGUACAGUUGCCUUUUGGCGGACAAAAAGAUUAAUAUGGCAUUCACACUAGUCGUUACACUUUGCCUUGUGGCUUCACUCAGUGCUGCCAAAUUUGACAUCAAGUUCGCUCAAAAAAUGUUUCCUCUGGCUGCCGGCGCCUACUCGGAUGACCCACUACAGUGCAUAAAAAAUCACUUCGAAGGCUAUGAUGGAACCAGAGGACAAUUGUUCUUUUACGAAAAUCGUGCUCCAUGCGAUGGUUUUGAGAAUGACUGCUAUGGAUACCUAGCCACACUAACGCGCCAGAUGGCAAUAGUUAUUAGUUUCAGAGGCACCAAUACUGGAAGUCAACUCAGGACAGAAUUAAUCACCAGCGGUCAUAUGGUCCCCAUGGGGUCAGGUAAAGUGUCUUGGUACUUCUACAAUGCUUUCUCAAAAGUGUGGGGGGAUGACGCAAAAGGCGUAAAAGGCCUAGAACGUGCCUUCAAGGACCAGAUCAAAAAACACCCCGACUACGAAAUAUGGGUGACCGGCCAUUCGCUCGGAGGUGCCAUGGCGUCUCUGGCAGCGUAUCACAUCGCCAUAACAUACAAAAUCCCUAAGCGGAUAAAGCUGGUAACAUUCGGAGAGCCAAGAACAGGCGAUGCUGAAUAUGCUAUAGACUUCAAUAAAAAGAUCGACUACGCAUUCCGGGUCGUCAACGGAAGAGAUCCAGUGCCGCAUGUACCACCUUUUAAACCCUACAGUCACCAUAAGUAUGAAGUAUGGUUCAAGGAUGGCAUGGAUCCUCUUACGAAACCCAUAGUGUGCAUUGGUGAAGAGGAACAUAGAAAGAAGACAGAAAACGUGGACAAUCCAGGAAAGUACACCCUUAUUGGUAUGAGUAGAGCAUUCUGUCGUCGUUGA